CGAGAUAACAGCACGACCGUUGGUUGGAAAAGAAGGGAGGACAAGAGAGAGGAACAUGUGGGGAUGAGCGGUCUGCUUUCUCCCUCCAGGCAGCAGAGAGAUAGGAAUGCACCACUGACUGAGGCUAAGCUGAUUGCGUCUGUCCUUUGAGAAUCUCUUGGCUGUUUUGAACGUGCCUGUGAUUUGGAACCAGGAUUUAAAAUGGCCCAGGUUCUACACAUGGAGACUGCGUUCCCAGGGAAGCCCAAUCCCACUUCCGCUGCCGCCUUUCAUGGGAAGGAACAGGACCUGCCUUACUCAGUAGAGACUCCCUAUGGCUAUCGGCUGGACCUGGACUUUCUGAAGUAUGUUGAUGACAUUGAGAAGGGCCACACCAUUAAGCGCAUUCCAGUCCACCGCCGGCCACGGUACAGCUCACUGCCACGGGGCUAUGGCUAUACUGGCUCAUGGUGGACCUCCACGGAGUCCCUUUGCUCUAACAUCAGCAUGGACAGUCGGCACUCUUCCUAUUCCUACUGUGGGCGCAGCUUUUACCCACAGUACCCCACCGCCACAGCAGGCAGCUUCAAUGCCCGCGUGGAGAAGACCUUGCUAGAUGCCAGGAAGAAGCUAGAAGACCAGGCCGACUCAGGAGAUGGGGAAAGGUCCAGGGCAGGCGGCCUCGGAAGCCUCCACAGCAGCGUAUCUGGAUCAACCAGCUCCCUGGUGGGAAGUCAGUGCCUUUCCCGCCAGACCUCUUACAAUGGCUCGCAGCCAGGGGUCUCUGGACAAUACACACCCAUUGGUUCUGGGCUGUCCACCCCAGUCUCACCGACCCCAGGGCACCUCCAGCAUGUCCGGGAGCAGAUGGCCGUGGCCUUGAAGAAAUUACGCCAGCUGGAAGAGCAGGUCAAGAUGAUCCCAGUGCUUCAGGUGAAGAUCUCAGUGCUCCAGGAGGAGAAGCGGCAGCUUAGCGUUCAGCUCAAGAGCCAAAAGUUCUUGGGGCAUCCGGGGGGCUUGGGGAAGGGCAAAUCUAGGGGGGAACUCUAUAUAGACAUCCCCGAGGAGGGGGCAGGUGGGAACGCAGGAGAGGGCAGCGCAAAACCCGACACGGGGGUCAAGCUCGACAAGAAGGAAGUGAGGUCCGUAGGUGUGGGUAUGUUGGCUGAGGAUGGAGAGCCGAGCAAGGAAGUGAGGAAGUGCGACAUAGGGGUGGUGGUGAGAGAGGAGGAGCUGGGACUGCCCUCCCCGGAGGAAGAGCGGCAGCGCCAGGCGGUUCAGGCCCUGACUACCAAGAUUGCUGUAUUGGAGACGCAACUAAAAAGGGCUCUCCAGGAACUCCAGGCUGCCCACCAGAAACUGGAGCACCAACACCGGGAGCAGGAAGACAAAGAAACGUGCACAGAGGACAGUGGCCUGAUAGGAUGGGGAGCAGGGGGGAAAGGUCCCGAGCCAUGGAGUAAUGCAGCUCUCCAGGGGUCCCCAGAGGCCCCCCUUCUGGUGGACUCGGUCAAGGUGGUCCAAGUGGAAAGGGAGCCAGAGAUCGCGGCCAGCACGGCCACAGGGGUGGACCACAGACCCCAGAGGGCUCAAACCCUGGAGAACAAGGAGCCCUAUGCUAGUCUCAGAGCGUUGGCCAGCAAAGAUACAGUGUCCGAGGAAGCGAAAAUGCCACUCUGUGCCACCUAUCGCAGUGAUGAGGUGAUGGAGACCACGUUCCCGUUCCAUGCUGGACCAGUCAGCACAGUUUCCACAUUUCACUCUGUGAAGAAGAUCAGCAUCGCUGGCACAGAAGAGGAUGGGAAUAGAAAACAAGAAAUGGCAGAGCCAGACGUGUUACUAGAGGAAGCUGAAUGCUCGACUCCUGAUUCCCUCCAGGCGGACCGAGCAGUUCCCUCCCCGUCCCGGGAGCAUCAGUCAGAGGCACAAAGUGAGGGCAAGGACCAAGGUGAGAAAGCAUCCCCAGGGAUACGGUCGAUCAUGAAGAAGAAGGAGGAGCCUACGGAGCUUCUGGCCAGCAAGAAAAGCCUCCAGUUUGUGGGCGUCAAUGGCGGGUACGAAUCCACCUCCUCAGAGGACUCCAGCACAGCGGAGAACGUCUCUGACAAUGAGAGCACGGAGAGCGAAUACCACGAGGCUAGCGAGGGGCUGCCGGCAGCCCAGGCGGCUGGAGGAGAACUCCCAAAGCCUUCAGGGGCUGCCACGUCUCGCCCGGGCCCUCCCAGUGAAGGAAGCGAAGGGCCCACCACCGAAGGUCCCAGGAGCGAACCAGCAAGCCAGACUGGGAUGGGACUCAGCAAGGAACUGCUCUCAGCUUGUGAAGUUCUUCAGAAAUACCUGGAUAGCCCCAGUGUGCACAUGGACGAAGAGAUGAAAGUGGCAUAUACCACCGUGCUCCCUUAUUGGCUGAGACUCUCCUGCCACAUGGAAGCCGAUUCAGAAUUGGUCUCACGGCACUUGGAGGCUUUCCGGGCCAUCUCCCCGUCACUGCUGGAGUUCAUCAUCAAUAUGGCCGACGCCAAUGGCAACACAGCCCUGCACUACACCGUCUCGCAUUCCAACUUCCCUGUGGUCACAAAGCUUCUUGAAACAGGUUUGUGCCAUGUGGACCAACAGAACAAGGCCGGCUACACCGCCAUCAUGCUGACGGCACUGGCAGCCUCUCGUUCAGAGAGUGAUAUGGAGACCAUCAUGCAGCUGUUGAAAAUGGGCAAUGUCAAUGCCAAAGCUAGCCAGGCUGGUCAGACGGCUCUGAUGCUGGCUGUCAGCCAUGGCCGUCUCGAUAUGGUACGUGCUCUCUUGGCUAAUGGAGCAGACGUCAAUUUGCAAGACGAUGAUGGUUCUACGGCACUGAUGUGCGCCUGUGAACACGGCCACGCUGAGAUUGUCCGCCUGCUGUUGGCCACGCCUGGUUGUGACGUCGCCCUCUCUGACAAUGAUGGCAGCACAGCUCUCUCCAUUGCACUAGAAGCAGGUCAAAAUGAUAUCGCCAUCAUGCUGUAUGCUCACCUGAACUUUGCCAAACCCACAUCUCCGGGGACCCCAAAGCAACCGAAGCCUGAGAAUGGAGCUGUGGCAUCCAGUGAUACUCAGUAGUCCCAAGGACAGGAGUGUCAGUUUUUUUUACUAGUCCUAGACGUUUUCCCAAUUUCGAAGAAGCGUAUGAAGUCUUGUCAAGGGCAGAAGAAGAAAAGCUUUUCCUGCCAGUGUGGACAUUUCCUCAGAAACGCUGCCUGUUCUCCUUCAUCAGCUGGAAUCCUUCCCACCUAAACAUGCUACACGUGGGAUGCAAAUGAUCUUGGAAUAGAAGAAGUUGCCCUGGAUAGGGUUCCUGGCCGGUUGUUCUGGACCAGUGGCAGUAUACCCAACUGAACUUGAUCAGCUGGGUCCCCAUCAGUGAGCCAAAGAGAAGAUCGGCGAACGGUCUCUGGAUACAGCUUCUUAGCAACCGUUGGCACUGUGUUUUUGCUUCACAGAGACAUUUUCCUCCUCCAGUCUGUCCCAAAGACCACUAAGGGGAGGGGGGGCAGAUUGGGUAAUUCUGGGCAUAGGAAGGUCCUAUUCCAUUUGUUGUGAGAAGCAAAAGUGGACUGUAGGCGUACACUUCUGACUCAGAUAUCACAGUGAUCCUGGGACAAAUCUCUUUUUCCCACCCCCAUGCCUUUUGCUUUUACAUUUUAAGUUCUCCUCCCACCAGAACAAGGGUGUGAUUUAUUGCUAAGAGGUCAAAGAAGGCGUUGUCUCUCUCUAAUGCAACUCCAAAGAAACUAGACAUUCCGUUCCUUGUAGGGCAAGAAGUCUCUGCUUAAGCAUACAUUUACUUGAAAUGAUUUUUCGAAACCACCUGGGGGGCCCCUGUCCUGUGUGAUAGUUUCUUCAUUUGAGGAGAGAGUUAGAAAGAUUUCCAGGAUUGUUUUAGUAAUUUAAAAGAAAAAGAAAAAAAACAAUGUGAUGUUGCAGUAGAACUAAAAUGAAUCAUUGCUGGCAUGUUUCAAGGGAGUAGAUUUUACAUAUUUGGCAAAAUUGAUUUCUCGAUAUGCACGUUCUCUUUUCUGCCCAAAGAAUUAACAAUGUUUGCUGAGAUCCCGGAAAAAAAUUCUUUUGCACAAGGGAAGAGAGAGUAGUUCAAGACCACAACUCUUGUUCAUUUUUAUUCAUUUAUGUAGUUUGUGAAGGAGAGAUUAUCCCAGUUUAUUGGACAUUUUGCCUGGAAUGUCGCUUUCCUUCUUUCAGUCUCUUUAUAAAACUGCAAAUCUGGGAUGCUUAAGAUCUCGGGAAAACACACAGGAAAAACCAUAGUAAAAAAACCAAGUAUACCACUUGCUUUAAAAAAA